UAUGUACUGAAGGUCUCAUAAGAUGCUAUUAAAUAUGACAAAUAAGUAUAUACAUUUUUCAGGUAAUUAAUUAUUUAAUGGUCAUGGACUCAGAUAUUGAAAAUUUAUUUCAAGAAGCUGUUUUACAAUCACGUUGUUUAAGUAAAGUAAGUCAAUCAGAUAUGUUGAAAUUGUAUGGCUUGUAUAAGCAAUCCAAUGAAGGCUGCUGUAAUAUUCCUAAACCUGCGUUUUGGGACUUUGCAGGAAAAGCCAAAUGGGAAAGUUGGAAUAGUUAUAGGGAACUUUCAAAAAAAGAUGCUCAAUUAAAUUAUGUCACUCUUGUUAAUGCUUUGAAGGUAGAUAAUGAUGGGUGCAACGAAAACUGUACUACUUAUCAAAAAGAGGGUUUAGGGGUGUCUGUAAGUACAAUGGCAAAAACAGAUGAGGAGGAAAUAAAUGAUGAAAAUAAAACAAUUUUUCAUUAUUGUGAAGAAGGUAAUUUAAAAUAUAUGAUAAAUUUACUAGAUACCAAUCCUUUGUUAUUAAAUGAAAAAGAUAAAGAUGAUCUCUCUUUAUUGCAUUGGGCUGUCGAUAGAGGACAUUCAGAAAUAGUAGAACUUUUGAUAAGUCGUGGUUGCAAUGUUAACUGUGUAGAUUCAGAUUUACAAACACCUCUGCAUUAUGCUGUUACAUGUGGCAGGCCACACAUUGUGGAACUACUAGUAUCUAAUGGUGCUGAUGUUAAGUUAAAAGACAUUGAUGGCUGCUCUGCUCUUGAUUAUUCAGAUGACAUAACUAUUACAAAGUUUUUAGAAUCAAUUUAGGAACAAAAAAAGUUA